CCGGGUGGUGGAAAAUACGACAGACCAAAAUGGCAAUAAACGUAGCUUUCAACAAUCAUAAUGAUUGUGAAGUGACGUGUAAUGGCGUCCGAGAUGAAACCACAGACGAUUCUAGGAUACAGACGACAGCAUUGCGGACAGCAUUAUCAGAUACGGCGUCAGACGAUACGGUAUUGCCAACAACAGCAUUGGGGAUAGCAACAUCAGAUACGGCGUCAAAGGUUACGGUUUUGGCAACAACAGUAUUGCGGUCAACAUCAUCAGAUACGGCGUCAGUGGUUGCGGUUUUGGCAACAACAGCAUUGUCUAAUUGUGACAGGUCAAAAAACAAAGAUGUACGCACAGACCAACAGACAGAGGAUGUAGACGGACCAUGGUCAACAAAAUCUUCCAAAAGAUUACCUAUAAAUGGUACAUGCGUUGUGCAAAACGUAAUUCCAGAUAAGGAAAUCACAAGGCGACGAUGGUAUUUGAAACCGAGGCUGAGAAAGCAGAUCGUCCUGGUGGGUCUCUCGUUUAUGACCUUGGUCGUCUCCUAUGGUUACGUCAUGUCUCUUGCAGUACUUUUCCUGCCAAUCAAGGACACGUUUGGAACCAACACCGCUGAAACGGCAUUAUUGCGGUCUGUCUGUCUGGGGAGUUUGUUGUGCGCAGGUGCUGUUGUAAGUCCACUGUUUCUCAAAUAUGGCGCUGGGCCCGUUGGGUUCGUUGGAAGUCUCGUGGCAACCACUGGCCUCGUCGUGAGCUUUCUGACUCCCUCAUUUCCGCUUCUCGUUGUGUCAGGUGGAUUUACUACAGGUAUUGGCCUCUGCUGUCAGUACGUCAUCAACUUUUCAGUUGUGGGAACUGUAAUAAAAAGCUCCAAAUGGAGAGACUUUGCUUUUGCUCUUUUAGCCAGCGCGGGUGGAAUUGGAUUUUCAGUAUCUCCAGUAAUGACAGCAUUUUUAUUAGAGAGGUUUGCCUGGCGUGGCGCAAUGCUGCUACUAGGUGGAAUAACUCUUCAGUGCUGUCCGGCAUUUCUCGCCAUCGACGCGAUCGCGCGAGAUCUCAUACAAAAGGACCGGAAGUUGGACGAGACUGUCGUGAGCAAAUCGAACUGGAAUCUUUCUUUGUUCAAAGAAUUUGGAUUUCUCGCCAUCGGUUUCAAUGUGUUCGUAAUUAUGGCCUUGAUACCUACAGUGAAUUAUUUCUUGGUGGAUAUGUCCAAGUCAAAAGGUUUUGACGUAAAUACGGGAGCCUUUUUCUUAACCCUAGCGGGAAUGUCCGGUUUAGCUGGGCGAUUAUUGUGCGUUGCUUUGACUGCUCUCAAAAAAGGAUCCAAAAUACUACUAAUCGCGUUUCUUUAUAUACUAACAGGGGCGUUUAUGGCCAUUAUGCCUUUUGCUCAAACAUAUCCUUUUAUGGCCACUGUGAUUCCACUUUACAACAUCCCCUUCGGUGCCGAGUCGGUUUUAUUCCCGUCUACCGUAUAUGAAGUGGCGGGAAUUCACCGUUACACGUCUGCUAUGGGAUAUACUGGUCUGAUAGGUGGAGUAGCGACAUGGAUCAGCGGACCAAUCGGAGGCAUGAUCAAAGACCUUUCGGGAUCAUAUGAUGGCGUGGUUUAUAUGGGCGUCUUCGGUUGUGCGUCGUGCGCCAUUUGUUUUUUCAUUCUGUAUGUUUAUCGCCGUAGAUCAGCCAAACAAAACGUCGAAGUGGAAAACGAGGAGGUCGAUACAUAUCUAUAGAAUUAGGAGGAAGAGAAGAAAGAAAAGAAGAAGGAGAAGAAGAAGAAAGAGAAAGAGGAGAAGAAAGAGAAGAAGAAGAAAGAGAAAGAGGAGGAGAAGAAGAAAGAGGAGAGGAAGAAAGAGAAGAAGAAGAAGAAGAAAGAGAGAGAGAGAGAGAGAGAGAGAGAGAGAGAGAGAGAGAGAGAGAGAGAGAGAGAGAGAACUACAUAUUGAAAUUUUAUUAAAGCUACUGUUCUGAAUAUAUGGUUAUUUUCUGAAUAUCAUUCUUACAAUUAAUUUCCUUGUGACCUAUUUUAGGUGACAUAAGAUCUGUUCACUAUAUUAUAGAUGUUCAAAGCUCGGGGCAACUUCUCCACUGUUGACUUUAACAAUAUAUUUUAAGAAAG